CUGAACCAGACCGGUUCAACCGGUGAUGACAAUGAAUAGUUGAAAACCUCCGCUGAACCGGAUCCAGUUUUGGGUUUUUUCAAUUGUGUUCGGAAACUCUCUUUUUAAAAUAAAAGAAAAAAAGCCUGACGCCCUUCCCGGCCGGCGAAAAUCGCAUCUGUCCGUCGUUCCACGGCACUCCCGAGCCGCCUCGAAUCCGUCCUACCACGGCCAGAAGUGAGAGAGGUGUGUUGUUGAUUCGGAAAACGAAAGUACAAAACACUUUGGUGAACCACUGUCGAAGUUGGUCACCGUAGGAAGGAUAACCGCCACAAAGAAAUCCAAGAAUUUUGUGGCGAAGAUGUAUGUGUAGCUCCAACAGAAAAUCUUGAAACUGUCUCUGAUGGAAAAAGACAAUGGCUUCUGCUUUUCUAAUAUAUCGUCAAUCGUCACCCCCUCGAGUGUCGCUUUUGUUGUCAUCUUGACGAUCUUGGUUCGUGUCCUUCAUGUAAUAUAUUCUAGCGGCAAACCCUUGAGCAAAAGAGCUUCAAAACCUGUGAGGACCCUCAUCAUUUUAGGAUCAGGCGGUCAUACUGCAGAGAUGCUUAGUCUAUUAGCAGUGUUACAGAAUGAUAGGUUUAAACCAAGAUUCUACAUUGCUGCUGCUACUGACAAUAUGAGUCUUCAAAAAGCUCUAUUGUUGGAGAACUCUCUAGCAUCCGAGAGUGGAAUAGACGUUGCUGAUGCUUCAAACUUCAUGAAGAUUUAUCGAAGUAGAGAAGUCGGUCAAUCGUAUGUAACCUCGGUUUGGACUACUUUAAUUGCAACCCUACAUGCGCUAUGGCUAAUGAUUAAAAUUAGACCUGAAGUGAUACUUUGCAAUGGGCCUGGAACUUGCAUUCCCCUUUGUGUUAUUGCAUUUAUAUUUAAGAUACUGGGAAUCAGAUGGUCAUCGAUUUUCUAUGUUGAGAGUAUUGCAAGAGUGAGAAGACUCUCCUUGACUGGUUUGCUUCUGUACAAGCUGUGGAUGGCUGAUCAGAUUUUUGUUCAAUGGCCACAGUUGCAACGAAUGUAUCCUCGAGCUACUUAUGUUGGUAGACUCAUGUAAUCAUUUGAUAAAUUUGUAUUCUGCUGCUAUCAAUGAACUACUUCAAAUUUUGCUAAUGAUUUUGAACCAUUGGACAUAUAUUUUGCGCUA